GAAACGGCAGCUGUUACAAAUCCCACCCGAGCAGCAGCCACUUCCAACACACACGCUCACCCGAUUCCCCGCUUCGCCGCCGGCGCUCGCAUCGGUCAAGUCAACUCGACGCCCACACACGCACCGGCCAUGGCCGCGGCGGCGGCGGAGCAGCAGCAGCAGGGCUUCCGCCCGCUCGACGAGGCGUCCCUGGUGGCCUACAUCAAGGCCACGCCCGCCCUCGCCGCGCGCCUCGGCGGCCGCCUCGACGCCCUCACCAUCAAGGAGGUCGGCGACGGCAACCUCAACUUCGUCUACAUCGUCCUCUCCGACGCCGGCUCCCUCGUCAUCAAGCAGGCGCUGCCGUACAUCCGCUUAGUGGGGGAUUCAUGGCCGAUGUCGAGGGAGCGCGCCUAUUUCGAGGCCUCCGCGCUGCAGAAGCACCGCGCCCUCUGCCCGGACCAUGUCCCCGAGGUCUACCACUUCGACCGUGCCAUGUCGCUCAUCGGGAUGCGCUACAUCGAGCCGCCGCACAUCAUCCUCCGCAAGGGCCUCGUCGCCGGCGUCGAGUACCCGCUGCUCGCCGAGCACAUGGCGGAUUACAUGGCCAAGACGCUCUUCUUCACUUCACUUCUCUACAACUCCACCACUGAUCACAAGAAAGGAGUUGCUCAGUAUUGCGAUAAUGUGGAGAUGAGCAGGCUCACAGAACAAGUUGUAUUCUCAGAUCCAUACAGGGUCGCCAAAUACAAUCGCUGCACAUCACCCUUCCUUGAUAAUGAUGCUGCAGCGGUUCGAGAGGAUGCUGAGCUUAAGUUGGAGAUUGCUGAAUUAAAAUCAAUGUUUAUUGAGAGAGCACAAGCUUUUCUUCAUGGAGAUCUCCACACUAGUUCCAUCAUGGUGACACCAGAUUCUACUCAAGUGAUUGAUCCAGAAUUUGCUUUCUAUGGCCCAAUGGGUUACGAUAUUGGGGCCUUCCUGGGGAACUUGAUUUUGGCAUAUUUUUCACAAGAUGGACAUGCUGAUCAAGCAAAUGAUCGUAAGGCUUACAAGAAAUGGAUCUUGAAGACAAUUGAAGAUUCAUGGAAUUUUUUCCACAAGAAGUUUGUCGAAUUAUGGAAUAAACACAAAGAUGGGAAUGGGGAAGCAUACCUGCCCCCUAUAUACAACAGCUCAGAGCUUUUGAGCCUUGUACAGAAGAAGUACAUGACAAGCCUAUUUCAUGACAGUCUUGGAUUUGGUUCAGCAAAAAUGAUCAGGAGAAUUGUUGGAAUUGCUCAUGUUGAGGAUUUUGAGUCGAUUGAGGAUGCCAGCAAGAGAGCUUCGUGUGAGCGACGUGCCCUUAAUUGUGCAAAGGCAAUCCUGAAGGGAAGACGCCAGUUUGAAAGCAUCGAGCAAGUGAUUGUGCAUGUACAAUCGUUUGAUCGGGACUGAUAAGGCUAACCAUCUACACAACCUUUCUGAUUGAGGAGACAAAAGUUUUCAUCUGUUUACCAUCAGCGAUUAUCUGUGCCUAUUAUAAAGCAGAAUUGGCCGGUUAUAUGUGGGCUGGGCAACAACAAUGUAUAUAGCCAAAGUAGUCCAUACAGAUGGACCCACAUAUGUGGGAUUUACCUAUUGUAACCUUCAUACUCCCUCCGUUUCACAAUGUAAGUCAUUCUAGCAUUUUCCACAUUCAUAUUGAUGUCAAUGAAUCUAGACAUAUAUAUCUAUCUAGAUUCAUGGACAUCAAUAUGAAUGUGGGAAAUGCUAGAAUGACUUACAUUGUGAAACGAAGGAUGUAAUAUAUAUAGGUAGUUAGUAGUAUUAGAAGGAGAGAGAAAGCAGAGAUAAAUAAUAUAUUUUAUUCUAUAUAGGCAACUCAUAUGUUUAUGGGUGACUUUUGCUAUUUGCUUGAUAUGGACUAGUUCUACAAUGUUGUUAGGUGGCUGAAUGAAAUAUUGUAUUCUUUAUGGACUAGUUCUACUAUACAUUAUGCAUGCUCAAGUGUGGACGCUCUGCAAGAUUGAUGUUUUUUUUU